GGUUGGAGACGACGCGAAAAUACGUCCUUUAGCACGACGCACAGAGUUUGGUCCAAUACUGUAAACAUCUAGAAGGUGAUAAUAAACGAAGGUACAUGGAAAAAAUGAGAGACACUUGGCAUAGAAGACCUGUAUUCAACGCCGAAGUCGAUGUUUUCACCGAUACGAAAUUGGACUGUUAACCCGCUUCCGCUUUUCUUUGACAACUGGAUCUACACAUGGAUCUGAGAGGCCUUUGGAAGAUGGCGACAGCAGCAGCGGCAACAGCGGCAACAGCUUGCAGUUGGCCGUGGUGAUCGUGGUACCGUCGUGCCUGCUGUGCAUAGCUGUCGUGCUGGGGGUGUUUGUGGUACAGCGUCAGCGCUGCGUUUACAGCCAGGCACGCAAACACGACCCGGAGGAGGCCCUGGAUGAUCACAUGCUCAUGUCACCCGACAAAUGCCUCAAAGAUCUCAUCUAUGACAUGAGCACUUCUGGCUCGGGAUCAGGGCUGCCAUUGCUGGUGCAGCGAACCAUAGCCCGGACCAUCGUCCUCCAGGAGAGCAUUGGGAAAGGUCGCUUCGGCGAGGUUUGGCGAGGAAAGUGGCGGGGCGAGGACGUGGCUGUGAAGAUCUUCUCCUCCAGGGACGAGAGGUCGUGGUUCCGUGAAGCGGAGAUUUAUCAGACCACCAUGCUAAGGCACGACAACAUCCUGGGCUUCAUUGCGGCUGACAACAAAGAUAACGGCUCAUGGACUCAGCUGUGGUUGGUGUCCGAGUACCACGAACACGGCUCGCUGUUCGAUUACCUGAACAGGUACACGGUGUCGGUGGAGAGCAUGGUCGUCAUCGCUUUGUCCGUCGCCAGCGGCCUGGCUCAUCUCCACAUGGAGAUCAUUGGCACCCAGGGGAAGCCAGCUAUCGCUCAUAGGGAUCUGAAAUCUAAAAACGUCUUGGUGAAGAAGAACGGCACCGCGGUCAUCGCAGAUUUGGGCUUGGCCGUGAAACACGACUCAGGCACCAAUAGUAUUGACAUCCCGACCAACCACAGAGUGGGAACCAAAAGGUACAUGUCCCCCGAAAUCCUGGACGAGACCAUCAACGCGAGCAACUUUGAGUCAUUCAAGCGGGCAGAUAUCUACUCGUUGGGUCUAGUGUUCUGGGAACUGGCUCGAAGAUGUUCAGUGAGAGGACUUCACGAGGAUUUCCAACUGCCUUAUUAUGACCUGGUGCCUUCGGAUCCGUCUGUGGAGGACAUGAGGAAGGUGGUGUGCGAGCAGAAACUGCGACCAAACAUUCCAAACCAGUGGCAGAGCUGUGAGCUAGGCUCUGCGUGUGAUGGGCAAAUUGAUGAGAGAGUGCUGGUACGCCAACCCCGCCGCCCGCCUCACCGCCCUGCGGGUCAAGAAGACCGCGGCUCAAUUGUCCGCUAUCAGAGACGUCAAAGAGUAGAGACAUUUCUCAUCUCAAAGCCGGGUCAGCAAUGGUGCUUCUGGACUGGGCCACACCGAGAUGGGAAGGUACCCACAGGGAAGGUACCCACAUGGAAUUCAAAACACAAUCAAUCAAUUGAGGUUGUUGUCGGUGCCAAAAAAAAUCAUGAGAGGUGCCUGUGGCAGCUUAGCACCAAUCUUGUGGUCAAUAGAUCCAAACAGGUUGAAUAAAACCAUGACUAUUGUAUAAACCUUGCUACCUCGCAUAUUGAAGUGCCCUAAAAUGAUUCCUAGUCACCUUGUUGUGCCGUGUCUUAUAGCGAACUCAGUGUUGUAAAAGAUAAGUAGUGUGCUGUUUGUAAGACAAGCAUACUUACUUUUCAA